GAACGCUCGAAAAGCUCAGCACCAAAAAGAGCAGGAAGAAAGCCGCUGGAGACUACGCCAUCACCCUCCCUGCAAUUGGAUCCAAAACAGAAACGGAAAGCCCAGAAUCGGGCCGCGCAGCGUGCAUUUCGAGAACGAAAAGAAAAACACAUGGCCGAGUUGCAGGAGCGUAUACGUGAGCUUGAAGAACUAGCGUCCAAAAAAGACGAAAACCUGUUGCGUGAAAACGAAAGUCUAAAGGAUCAACUUCGGCAACUGGAGCAAGAAAAUUACGCACUCAAGCAUUCCAAGUUUACAUUCGAAUUCCCUUUAAAGGACACACGUGGCUCUGAGCAUUCACCUCAGUCGAAUGGGGACGACGAUUCGAACAGUGUCAACACUCCGUCCAACUCAGCCCAGGUGAAUGAUCACUUGACAUCGUUUGAUUAUCUUGCGCCAUCCAGUGAUUUCGAUUUCCUGGCUGUGUCUGGGUCCGGCGACACAACCGCCUUACCAUUAACGGAUCUUUUCCACACCAAGGACGAUUUGUUUUCCAGCUAUCGUGUGCCAAAUCAAAACGACGAUUUUAUUUCCCAAGAAGCUUUCUCUGAGAUCUUUGGCGCCGAAGCCGAUCUAUUUGGUCUCAGCGCUCCCGCCCCGUUCAGUGCCGACUUGGAACCUUUGCAAAUGCCGCUGCCUGACUACACAACGAGCAAAACAGAGAAUGCACAGCAGUCAUCUCACUGUCCUCUUGAGAGGAUGGGCAAUGUCAUAAACGACGAGUCCAGUGCCACCACGGCCGCCGACAAGUUUGACUUUAACCUUGACGCUCUUUGUGAGGACAUGAAAAAGAAGGCAACUUGUCAGAUUUUUUAUGAAAAGUACAUCAAGGAUAAGCCAGAGGUGGAAGAGUUUCUCUCAUCAAAGCAGAAUAUGGAAGCCUUGCUGUCACGCAAGCAGGAGGUGCAAGCGUUGCUCUCAUCCAAGCAAAAUAUUGAAGCCUUGCUGUCCUCUAAGCAGGAUAUGGAAGCCCUAUUAACAUCCUUUAACGCAUAA